AUGCAGUUGACAGCAUCAACAGUUGCAGUCAUCCUGGCCUACACUAUAGCCCAGGCUAGUGCCCUGCCCUCUCCGCCGAGUACCACUUCCGAAGCAGUGGCGACCCCAACUCCUCCUCCCGCUCCCGAGUCUGUUCCAGUCUACUAUCCCGAGGAAGGACUCUACAUCGAGAGGCGCUGGACGCCCUCCAGCAAUCCGGGACAGAGUGGAGGUCCGCGAGGAGCCAUGGGUCCGGGUCAAGGAAAAGGCAAUGGCAUGCCAUACCAAGGGCAAGGCGAUGUCCAAGGCGACAACGACGGCGACCAGCACCCUUAUCAAGGCCAACACAACGUCCCUGGUGGCAUUGGGUUUGGUCCGCGCGGCUCCCAUGGCCCUGCGCCUGACAACAACGAGUACCAGGGCUAUGACUAUGAUGAUGACGACGAUGACGGCGACGUCCAGGCUGCACGCCUAGCCCGCCGCGCCGUCAACCUCGACUUCUCGCCUGAGGAGCCUUCGCCUCGCCGGCUGGCCCGUCGAGGAGGGAUCCAACUGAAGCAGUAUAAAUGGUACGACUACCAGACGAGCAAGCCGUUCAUGGGGCUGGUGACCGGAAACCCGAACAUCCGCAACCUGAACUUCAAGCAGCAAAGCCGGACGCUGGGCAUGGGUCUGCGUCGUCGUGACGCCGACGCCGACGCCAACGUGGCCCUGCACAAGAAGGUCUUCUAUCCCGUGGCGCGUCCCGAGGUCCCGACUCGUUUCCGCGCGCCCAUGGGCCCCGGGAAUAGCGGUCCCAUGCCCGACCAAGUCGACGAGGGAGACUACUACUACUAUCCCUACCACUACGAGGAGGAGAACUAG